AUCAGAAGAAUGACAGAUGCAAGUUGCGCACCGUUAAACAUUUGAUCAGAUUUUUUUGCUGAAAGUAGUAGAAAAGGUGAACAUGGGAGAAGAAAACGGAAAGAAAUACCACGGAACUUUUAAACCUUCGAUAUUAUGCACAAACAGAAUUGAUAUCAGAACCAGCUUUCCGUCACAGUGUUUGACCUCCCGUUCGCAUAUGCCAAUGAUUUCAGAUAAAAUAGAAUGGGGAAAGUUUCGAGUUCAAACAAAGGACAUUAUUGAAAUUUCGCAGUUUCAUCGCUUUAUCAUAUCGAAACCACAAGACAAGACUGAGCAAACUGAUCAGAGUAGUCCAAAUAUAGGUCGAAAAAUAUAUUUACCAAGAAUCAAAACAGAAACAUACGAAGAGAAAUGGAAACUAAAAAAGAAUCCAAAGCUCAUCCUAUGGUUGGUGACAGCUUUGGGAGAAACAGUGGAAGAACAGAACAAGCUCCACCCUGCCAUACAAAAAAUGAGACACUUUUGUAGAGAUAUCAUCGAUGCAGUGGAUGUCAGUGUUGGUUUUGGUUAA